CAAACAAAAAUGGCACAUGUGAGCUAACUGCCGUUCACCAGAAAGAAGUGUGUGUACGUUUCGAAAACGAAACCGUUUUGGCGGAGACUAUUCUCUGUGAGGCUGUAUCAACACGAAGUGUUGUCUCCCUCUGUGUCACUCAGCCAUGGCACUGCAAAUAUCUGCUCUAUUUUCAUAUAUCAGAGCCCCACUGUUCACAGGCCCUCUGUCCCGUGUACGCGCAGAUUUCAAGGGAGCCGGUGUCAAGUUCAAACACAUUUUAAAUACAGGGAGACCCCAGUUUGGAGGGAAGCCAGCAACAAGUCCUCUCCGCGGCCAUAUUAACGUUGCCCUGCGAACUGAGAAGUUUUCAACAACACCGACGGCGGCACUUUGGAAGUCCAGCCAGGGGAACGGUUCCUCUUCACCCCGGGGAAGGAGAGGCUGGCUGGGCAAGGUCGCCCUCGGUGCCGCCCUCGGAGUGAGCACAGUCGUGGUGGUCCAGUCUCUCCACACCGGAACCCUUACCGCCAUGGCCCUCAAAAUUAACCUGAACUCCGCUGAGGGAGACUGGAAGGAGACCAAGGACUUCUUGCUGUCUCGGACUGUGAACGACAGGCGUCAGUACUACAGGACUUCUAGCUAUGAGAAGCUUGACGACAUCUCAGUGUGGACUCCCGCUGCAGGUGCUUCUGAGCAACCUCUCCACCCGAGGAAUGAAAAGUUGGACCGCAAGAUUUCCCUCUACAGCGGUGACAUCACCGAGCUGGAGAUAGAUGCUAUUGUCAAUGCAGUUGUCCGGUGAUUCCUACACACUGAGAUUGGAUCAAUCAGCUCUGCUUCAGUCCUCCUGCCCGGAGCUCCUCUGUCCUCUCCAACGUGGCGACUUAGUUUCUUUUUUUCAUUUAGAUGCAGCAGACCCCCCUAGCUCCCCCCAUUUCUUUCUCACUCUCUCUCGGCCUCAGCUUUCUCGCCUCCGCAUUCGCCUUCCUCUCCCUUUGUGGUGUUUUUUUCUCUCCCUUAACAUUUCAAUCAUUUUCUGAAAUAAAAGCCUUUGUUGGAGCGCA